CGUAGCUUAACUUUGACUCCAUCGAAAGUCAAAUGUGACAGCUAGUAUUCUUGUGUUGCAUAUCGUUGGUUCCAUUGUUGUGCUUUUACUUAAACAUUAUGUGAGAUGGAGCAAUUUUUCUCAUAUCACUAUGCAAUGAUGAUCAAACGCAGUAUCAUGAUUGGUUUCUUCCACUUUGUGUUUUAUAUGUUUAUAUUGAGCAACCUUGCUCAUUCGUCGUCAUCGUCCACUCCAAACUGUAAAGCAUGGCUGGUCCAAUCCAUCCCUACAAAUAUGCCUCACCUCUUCCAUGUCCCUGGUGUCCUCUCUACCGGGGAUGUGCUAAGUUGGAUGGCUGGAAACUCCACCAGGAGGCUUGACAUAACUGCUCAGUACUGGGAGCUGCUUGCUUCUCCGGAUGAUCCUUGCUCCGGCGAUUAUGGUUACUCUCAGCAACAGAUGCAAGAGUUUGGUGCUCAAGAAGGUGCUGCACUCUAUCAAGCGCUGGAGGAUGCUGCAGACCGCAAUGUUAGCAUCAGGUUACUGUCACAUUCUGGAGUCUAUCCAACAUUUACCUUAGAGCCAUCAAAACUUGCUGCCGGAAGGCCAAACGUCGAGAAUGUGACCCUGCUUCUUAAGGAUUGGUGGGGUUCAGGCAUUGUCCAUGCCAAAGUUUGGAUAUCUGAUAGUAGAGAUGUGUACAUUGGAUCUGCAAACAAUGACUGGAAAUCUCUUACACAGGUCAAGGAAGUAGGAAUUUAUUUUGCUGGUUGUCCAAGAAUAGCUAACAAGGUUGAGAUAUAUUUCGACAGUUUGUGGAAACUUGCAUCUCUUAAUUCUUCAGAUUACACAAAAGCAGUGUUUGAUCAAACGUGGCAAGUUGAAAGAAAGGUUCCCUGUUGGUCACAUUUUAUUGAUCCUAAAGAGAGGUGCAAGUCGCCUCUCCCUCGUUAUGCAGAGACACCUCGUGUUACAGGAUAUCCUAUUCUGUCUGAUCCUCACAUAUUUGAAGUUUCAAUUCAAACAUCUUGGAGUAACAAUUCAACAAUGCUACCCCAAGUCAGCUAUCUCUCCUUUGCUCCUCCAGAGCUAUUGUUCGGCAAGUAUCAGGCUGAUGAGCAAGCAUGGAUUGAAACAAUUAAAUCUGUUGGAGCGAAGGAGACAGUUAGAAUCAGUACCAUGGAUUGGCUUGGUCAAUCAGAAUUUAUGGACCCAACAAUUUUCUGGCCAUCAUUAUCCACAGCAAUAUCAGAGGUUGUGUUCUCCAAGCAUGCAACAGUGAAGUUAUUGGUGGCAUAUUGGGCACACAACAUCAAUAACACAGAUCAGUACCUGAAGGCACUUCUCUACACCAACAAUCUCUGCUCCUCUUUACAGUACAAUAGUUGUUCUGGCAAAGUUGAGAUCAAAUAUUAUGUGGUUCCAGGUUUCAACAUGACAGGGCCUGCAAUUAAGGGUGGAUCAAGAACAGGAAAUAUAUACCCUGACUUUACAAGAGUGAAUCAUGGAAAAUAUGCAGUUAGUGAUAUAAGGGCUCACAUAGGAACUAGCAAUCUUGUGUGGGAUUACUUUUAUACUACAGCUGGUGUCAGCUUUGGGACAUACAACACUGCCAUUGUUUCUCAGCUCAAAGAAAUCUUUGAUGCUGAUUGGAACUCACCCUAUGCUGUGCCUGUUCCAGUUCAACAACUGGAGAAAGGCCAUACUCGAUCAAUCUAAAAAACAAUGAAUUUGUUCAUCUUGCA